AUGAAACCUGAAUCGGAGGCAUGGAUAGAUGCCCGUGCCCGAUUCGAUAUCGUUGACGGAGCCGCUGGACUUUUUGCUCCUGGAUUCGUACUACGGUGGCCGAAUGGAAAAAUCGUUCGCUUCACGAAUUGGACACAGGGGAACGGUGCGGAACUUAUUGACGCUUCGAAGAAAUGCGUACGCAUACAGCGGACAGGAGGUUGGCAAAACGCCGUCUGCGACACCACGGCUAGCGUAAUCUGCGAAAAGAAGCUGCAUCGACCAGCGUCACGGUACUGCCCAAAGCACUGGAUGUACAUGGAAGCAACACAGUCGUGCUAUCGUGCCAUAACGCGAACUAAUAUGACUAUUCUUGAUGCGGACUAUCUUUGUUAUCAGCUUGCGGAACAUCAUCAUGACGCCAUGCUGACCAGUAUCAGUGGCGAAUUUGAGAAUCAGUUCAUAAAAGACCUUGCUCGAGAGAAAAACCCCAAAUUCGACUUCGUGAUGCUCGGGGCUUUCGGAAGAUCGAAUAACGGCAAUAAAUGGAAAUGGAUGGACGGAACACCGUUCACCUACCAGAAUUGGGAUCGCGGAAUGCCAUUUGGAAAGAAAGCGUUGGCCGUACUUGUAAUGAACCGCCGAGGGAAAUGGAUUAAUCACUAUGCCGAUCGUAUACUGUCACAAUAUAACGCUGUUGCCGUCUGCAAAUUAAAACCCUGA